AUGCUCAUGGCUAUUAGUGACGAUCCCAACCUUGGACCCUUGUAUAACCAACAACGAAGGAUCCUAGAGCUCUGGGAAAGAUUUAACGAGAUCUACCCCGAUGGUAGUCAACCAGGCCAGAUGAAAACCAUACCGACAAUUCAGACGCUCUACCAAGCUAUCGAUCAAGCUCAGACAGCAUGGCAUGAUAAGCAAGCUCGAGGACUCCGACCUAUACGGGACAAGUUCUUUAACUUUGCGGAAACAAUGAGCGAGUAUUCCUAUCUCUUCAGCAUUAUUCCCAACGGCGACAAGUAUACAAGUCUCAUCACUGGAGUAGUAUCAUCCGUUGUGAAGGUGCUUUGUUGUGUCCGAAGCGUCGAGGUAGCCGAGGGUUUUUCAGAAGCACUUUCAGAUGUCAGCGACCAUCUUCGAUCCGUCAAGAAAAUCUCAAAGGGAGCAGACAGUCAUGAUAUGCGCCUGCACGUCAUCAAACUCUACUGCGAAGUAUUUGAACUCCUGUGUCACGCUCUCACAUGGUUCACCAGCAAGCGAAAGCGCAUAGGUGCUGCUUUCAAGAAGAACUUUUACGAUGACACGGUAGUUAGUCUCUUGAAUCGAAUACAAAAGAUCGUCACCGCCAUCGAUCGAGAAGCAAAUUAUAUCUCUCAUGGCCAAGUGCGUGAGAUUUACGAGAGAGUGCUGGAUACCAAACUGGAAGAUCGACUACGUUCAGUAGGUAUUCAGAGUCGAAGAGAUGGGGAGACAGCUAUCGAGGGAAAACUUGGGAGGGUGAGAGAGGCAGUAGACUGUUCUGAUGAUACGGCAAGCCGAUUAGAGGUAGAAGAAGCUGUUAGUCCGGCAGCCUUGGUGGAGACAUCCUCAUCAGAUGAGCCGAUGACAUCUGAAAGUGAGGAUAGUCUUGUUGAAAGUAUCGACUCGGAAGAUGAUCUGGAUUACUGUUCGAGAUUUGAGGUGGAGCGAUUUACAUCUCACCUUGGUACUUAUCGGGAAUUUAUCAGGAUGAUGCCAUCCUCUACACGAGGCGAAGUGGUGAAGUCUCUCCCCGACGAGGUGUUGCUAAGGGUAAAAGGAUGGAUUGAUGCCCCGGAAUCCAAAACCAUAUGGAUCCAGGGCAUCCCCUCCUCACAGCAAGACUCGGUCGUUUCUCGCACAGCUCUCAGGAUAUACGAAGUGAGCACUGAGGCACGUUUGCCAUGUAUCGUGUUCUUUUGCCAGCCUCGAUAUUCUUUCGCAAAGGAGAAGAAUCUGACUCAGAAGGACGCUUCGUUGAUUGCCUUUUUAUAUGGUAUUGUCAAUCAGCUGGUCCAUCUCCUCCCGACACAGUUCCAGGCUACAGAGGAGCUAGUACAGGAGAAGUUUGAUCGUCUAGAUGGCAGCAAACAGAGUAUCGCCGCUGCAUUGGAUCUUGUUCGUGUACUGCUCGAUCACGCACCCUCUCCCCUGAUCUGGGUGAUAGAUGGCUUGCAGUUGGUCGAAGACAGAACGUCCAUGCCCUUUCUCCAAACCUUUCUGGGAAUACUCAAAGAGCAAAAGACAAAGCGCAUCUCAAAAGUCUGCUUCACUACACAGGGAAACUGUGCUGUACUGGCACGUGGGCUUGACUUUAGGGAACGGGUUGAUGCGACCAGGACAAUCUUCAGCAGGCCAGAAGGAUCUGUCGCUAUGCUAGCAGCCAGACCUUUUGCUACGGCGUCGAAAGGACGAAUGUAUUGA